AUGCAGCUCUCCGUUAUUUUUAUGUUGGCUGCGUCCCUGACGUCAGGUAUAACCGCAGCAGACAAGAGGGAAAUGGCCCCAAGAGCUGCGGCCAAGAACACGGAUAACAACAUGUGUCUGAAUGUUGACAUAAUUGGGAGAUGCAAGAACGGCCAAUGUAUCGCGCUUGGUCAAACGCCCGUGACUAGUACCUGUUGA